CGAGCAGCACGGGAGCUCGGCUGGCUCGUGCGGAGAAAGAAAUCCAGUCCUGAACACGGAACUGUGGGUUCCCGGGUGAGGCCGCGGUGCCGCUGAUCCAUAGCUUCCUAUUUUAAAGCGUCCUUGCCAGAAACACGGGCGGCGGACAGACUUGAAGCGCGAUGAGCGUCUGACAGCGCGGACAGGAAGCAUGGCUGACUCUCCCAGGGAGGGAAGACUGGCCAGGUGUCCAGACUUCACCCAGCUGGCUGACAUGGCGUCUGAGUCUGUAGGAGGAAAGGUUUUAUUUGCAACAGAUGACUUCUUUGCUCCUGCGGAAAACCUUAUAAAGAGCGACAGCCCAAGCUUCAGAGAACACGAAUACACUGAGUUUGGGAAGUGGAUGGAUGGAUGGGAGACCAGAAGGAAGAGGAUUCCAGGUCACGACUGGUGCGUCAUCAAGCUGGGGAUACAAGGCAUUAUCCGAGGCUUCGAUGUGGACAUUUCUUACUUCAUGGGCGAUUACGCUCCUCGAAUGUCAAUUCAAGCAGCAAACUUGGAAGAAGAUAAACAACCAGCAAUCCCGCAAAGAGGAGUCAGGACGGGAGCCGCCGCCACGCCGGAGGAGUUCGAGGCUGUUGCCCAGCUGAAGUCCGAUGACUGGAAUUACCUGGUCCCCAUGACAGAGCUUAAACCAGGAAAGCCUGCUUCCAGCCACAAUUAUUUUCCUGUCAAUUCCCAGCAGAGAUGGAGUCACGUAAGACUCAACAUUUUCCCAGAUGGUGGAAUCGCACGUCUUAGAGUGUACGGUAUUGGACAGAAAGACUGGACUGCAACUGACUCCAAAGAACCAUUUGACCUAGUGGCCAUCGCUCACGGGGGUGCCUGUGUAGGAUACAGCAAUGCUCACUUUGGGCAUCCAAACAAUAUGAUAGGAGUCGGCAAGGCCAAGUCCAUGGCAGACGGCUGGGAGACUGCAAGAAGGCUGGACAGGCCGCCAGUAUUAGAGAAUGAUGAGAAUGGCAUUCUCCUUGUUCCAGGUUGUGAAUGGGCAGUUUUCCGAUUGGCACAUCCUGGAGUCAUAACUCAAAUAGAAAUUGAUACAACACAUUUUAAAGGCAAUUCUCCCGAUAGCUGUAAGCUGGAGGGCUGUAUCCUGACGACCCAGGAGGAAGAAGACAUGAUCAAGCAGAAGUGGGAGCUUCCAGGCCAGAAGUGGAAACCGCUGCUGCCAGUCACCAAGCUCUCCGCCAACAAAAGUCACUUGUUCGACAGCCUGACCCUGGAGCUCCAGGACGUCAUCACGCACACGAGGCUCACCAUCUCCCCGGACGGCGGCGUGAGCCGUCUGCGGCUCAAGGGCUUCCCCAGCUCCAUCUGCCUCCUGCGGCCCCGCGAGAAGCCCAUGAUGAGGUUCUCCGUGAAAGCGGGCUUCCGAGCCAACCUCUGACUCCACACACGGCCGAGCGCUGCCUAUGGGACGACGCAGUCCUCUGCUUCUCCUGAACUUAAACUUAAGAGGUUUCUAGCAAUGACUCUAAGAUCAAUAUAAUUCCUGGUGAUUUAAUAAAGAGGCCCCUCACAGGUUGACAUCUGUGCUUACUGUCGCUAUGAAGCAUGUGGUAGGCUAUGAAAGGCUGUGGCUGUGAAAGGCAGGUGGUCUCAUAGGAUUACUUUUCAAAACCACUGCAAGAUCUUGAUAUUUAUGGCAUGUUCUGUACAUUCUGUCUGUGGAUUUGGCAGGCUGCAUACACAUAGCCUAUUGCCUUUAAAAGUUUAAGCCCAUCGGGGCGCCUGGGUGGCACAGCGGUUGAGCC